AACUUCCAGCCACUGUCUAGCGAUCUGUAACGGAACCGGCGAGUGGCUGUGAUCAAUACGCAGUUUUCCAUCUAUAACCAUAGUCGUACUAACAUUUGUAUUCCUGUACUAGUGCACAGUGAAAUUGAAAGUGAUCGUUCUUGUGCUGUUUGUGUCGAACUAAAUCGUGAACUCCGCAUCUAUUAAAAUGCGAUUCAUUCAGAAGAUCGUGGUUGUAGGAACCCUUAUUUCUACCCUAUGUUAUGCCCAAGAAGGGGUUGACCCUGCCUACCUUCAACAGUACUACCAACAAGUAGCAUCUCAAGCAGGAAGGGCUGCUGCAGGAGCGAAACAAGAUGCCACUCCUAUUUUCGAACCCAAUUCGGAUGUAUCUCCACAAUAUGUACAGCCAGGACAACAGCUCAGGGUGAGGGAUAAUGUACAAGAACAGGUAAGGGCGCAACAACAACACCAACAGGCGCAGGCAUAUGUUGCUCCUCAAGUGAGACAGUACGUCCAACAACCUCAGGCUCACCAGCAGGUUCAAUAUGUUCAGCAGCCUCAAGCUGCUCCCAAGGCGACACUUCUCCGUCAACCACCACCCUCUUAUGCCGCACCGGAAGGAAAACUGAACAAGGAAAGUCCUGAAGACUAUGAUCCAAAUCCAUCAUACCAAUUCGGCUUCGACGUAAAAGAUGAUGAAUUCACCAACUACCAAAAUCGCAAAGAAUCUCGGGAUGGAAAUGUGAUUACAGGAAGCUACUCGGUCGUAGAUGCUGACGGUUUCAUCCGAACUGUUAAAUACACAGCCGAUCCAAAGGAGGGUUUCAAAGCAGAAGUUAUUCGAGAACCAACUGAUAUUGUUGUCAAGGUUCCUACUCCAGCUCCACAAAGUGCAGAUCAAUAUUUGAGACAAGUAUCACCGCAAAGAUUCCCCUCACAACCAGCACCACAAGCAAAACCAUCACCACAACAAUAUCAAUACCACCAAUGAAAUGACUGAUAUCCCCGUCAUAUUCAAAUUCUCAUAUAGAUUAAGUUGUAUCUAUUUAGAUUUCCUAUUUUACGUUUUUAAUAUUUAAUUCAGCUUGUUGUCAAAAUUUUGCAAUAAGAAUAAAUGAUACGUAUAUGAAAUUA